AUGCAGCGCGUCUCUUCCUUCCUGCCCUCGUGGGACAAGAGGGCAUCCUCGGGUGCUCCAAGGACAGGUAGCGGACUCUUUGGCUGGGGCAACAGGUCCGUCUCGAGCCCCGCGUCCUCCAAGCCCUUGGCCGCCAUCAACACGGCCAAGGCAAAUGGCCGCAUUCAGCGCGAGGCCUUCUGGCCCGCCACGCUCGACCAGGAAUGCGACAAGGCCGCUCGAAUACUAAAGUCCUUCUGUGUCGACGGCUACCUUCACCCCGUCGAUCCCGAUGCCCCCGAACCGCCAUCCGAUCCCUCAGAGCCUCCCUCCUCUCCCGCCAAAGCCAUUCAGAAAAUCCCGAAGCGAGUAAUACAGAAUGCUGCUGGCAUUGCAGUAUUUACAUGCAUGCGAAGCGGCCUUUGGAUGACCGGAUCUGGCGGCUCUGGCAUCCUCAUCGCUCGAAAGUCAGACGGCACUUGGUCUCCCCCCUCCGGCAUUAUGCUUCACACUCCUACCCUCAGUUUUAUCAUUGGUGUUGACAUUUAUGACUGUGUCCUCGUGGUUAGCAACUUGGCCGCCCUCGAAACCAUCACCCGCACCCGCGUUACCCUCGGUGAAGAUGUCAGUCUCAUCAACGGCCCCUCUGUACCUCUCGAAUCGCAGGAGAAGCGCAUCAGCUGGAAAGAUCUUGACAACACCGUUCUGGCUUACAUGAAAGCUCGCGGCCAGCACCAAUCCGUCAACCUGAAUGGCUGCAUUCUAACUGAGAGAGCCAACGAGAACGAGCGUUUCUACAACGCCCCAGUUACUCAAAUGGACGUUCUCGCCGGCAACGUCUCACGCCAUGUCCAAGAGACCGAACCGCUUUUUGAGGUCAUCAAGAUGGCCGAGGGAAGAACCGACUUUGACCCCGCCGUCAUCCAGCGGACUGAUUUGCAGCCUGCUCCUGGCGACGCUGUGAUAGAAACACCAAGGUCCGCUACCCCGUCAUCUCCCCGAUUUGGCGUCCCCAAAGCCGACGAUCCCGAUCCUUUUGGAAUUCUGGCCCUGGAAAUGGCCGGCCUCGAAAUCCGAGAAGCGGGCAGCCGGCCCCGCCCGUCAAGUAGCCAGGUCGAAUUUGGAAACGGCCCCAUGAGCCCGGGCUUUUCCAAGUUUAGCCGCCAGAGCAUCGAAUCCAUGGCUCGCAGCAACCGUGCUUCGUACAUGUCUAAUCGUACCAUCAAGAGCCAGCUCACCGACGUCGCGACUCAAACGAAUACCCGGUCCUCCAGUCCUGCUCCGCGCGACAGUGACGAGAGAAGUGAACGUCCGUCGCUGGACAAGCAGGCUGUUGACUACACAGCUGUCGACAUGUCUGCGCUCUCACACAUUAGCCAGGAAUAUGUCAAGACGCCUGUGAUUGCCGAGGAGUCCGAGGAACUCGAGGAGACCCCUGUGCCUCAGGAUGAUGUCAAGUCUGCUACAUCCUCCAAGUCACAGUCCCCCUCACCUGAGGACGAUCAGGAAGAAUUCGACGAUGAAGACAUGGAUGAGGAUGACGAGGAGCCUGUUGUUUUCGAAGUUGCCGCCGUUCAGCCUGCGCGAACCCAGGCUGUUGCUUCACGCAUGAUUCAGGCCAGGGGCAACGUCGUGACCAUUGCUAAGCGUGUGCCUCCGCCUCUGCCUCGCAGAAGUCCGGCGCGUGUCUCCCGACUCAUUAAGGGUGAGACCACCGCCGAUACUCUUAGCGUUAAGAGCCCUCUGCGCCAGGCGUUCAGCGAAGCCGAUUUGCGUGAUGAAGCUAUCGACAACUCCGCCCAUAUUGUCACCGAUGAGGCCAAGUCCACGAGCGAUGUCGAAGAAUCUAGACUGAGACGUGCUUCUGAUCUGGGUCAGAUUUCACAAGACGCCCAUGGCAAGGACGAGGAUCGCCCUGUUGACACUCAUGUUGAUGAGGCUAUUGCUGUUGAUGUCGAGCGCAAGAGCAUUCACCCGGAAGUUGAAAAUGGCCCGAGUGUUAGCGACUCUGGUAAUGCUUCCGUGGAUGCUACUACUGUUGCGGCUCUUGACCUGGAAAGCCGUCUUCCUGCCCCCGAGUCUCAGUCCCCUUCUCCUUCAGCUACGGCUGCCGCAAAGGAAAAUGAGAUCAGCAUCCCCAAAAAGCUACACCCGACCGUUGCUGUUGUCGACGAUAGUGACGCAGCCAUGGAUGGUGAUGAAGAAGACGUCUCUGAUAUUUCAGACUCUGAGCUUCUGGACGCUGCCAUAAUGGAGCCUACUACUGUUCGAACCAUGCGUCUCUCCCAAAUCUCAGCCACCAGCGACUCAAAACUUCAAAAACUUGAGAUCCGUAGAUCGCGCGAGAUUUUCUCUGGCAAUAAUAACAAGGCGAGCGAAUCUCGCAUGUCAUCUGCCGACGACCAGCUCAACGCCGCCAUGAUGGCCUUCAACAAUCUGGUCCAGAUCGAUGACAGUGAUAGCCACCCCAGCACUCCCCACCACGAGCAUACGGAUGCUUCCGACUCUGCCUCCAUCAAGAAGAAACACAGCUCCUCUAUUUACACUGGCGCUACCGAUGACCGCUGGAGCUACGAUGGGUCCACGCCGACAACACCCACCUCAGACCGCCAAAGCUCAAUGUCAGGUGGGCUCACUGAUGAAGGGACCCCUAAGAAGCACAGAAAAACGAAGGAGCUGGAGCCUGUUGACCACAUCGAACCACUGGAGCCUGUCGACAGCCACAACGGAGAUGUUACACCCACAGCGGUCACUGUUUUAUAA